GCGAGGGUGGCAGCUGGAGGGAGCCGCCGCCCCUGCCCGCCCGGGUCCCCGUGGGGCGCAUGGGGCGCUUUUUGCCCGCAUCGCGCGCGGACCCCGCGCCCAGUUUCCUACUGCCGUGAGAAGCCGCGCCGGGACGCCCCACAAACCCCGGGUCGCAGGGAGGAUGACCAUGGCCGGGGGCAGGAGGGGACUGGUGGCCCCGCAGAACACGUUUCUGGAGAAUAUUGUCCGGCGGUCCAAUGAUACGAAUUUUGUGUUGGGGAAUGCCCAGAUAGUGGACUGGCCUAUCGUGUACAGCAAUGAUGGAUUUUGCAAGCUGUCUGGCUAUCACAGGGCGGAAGUGAUGCAAAAAAGCAGUACUUGCAGUUUUAUGUAUGGAGAACUGACUGACAAAGACACUAUUGAAAAGGUGCGGCAAACAUUUGAAAACUAUGAGAUGAAUUCCUUUGAAAUUUUAAUGUACAAGAAGAACAGGACACCUGUGUGGUUCUUUGUGAAAAUUGCUCCAAUUCGAAACGAACAGGAUAAAGUGGUUUUAUUUCUUUGCACUUUCAGUGACAUAACAGCUUUCAAACAGCCAAUUGAGGAUGAUUCAUGUAAAGGCUGGGGGAAGUUUGCUCGGCUGACCAGAGCACUGACAAGCAGCAGGGGCGUCCUGCAGCAGCUGGCGCCCAGUGUGCAAAAAGGCGAGAACGUCCACAAGCACUCCCGCCUGGCAGAGGUCCUGCAGCUGGGCUCAGACAUUCUUCCCCAAUACAAGCAAGAGGCACCAAAGACUCCCCCUCACAUCAUUUUACAUUAUUGUGUUUUUAAGACCACAUGGGAUUGGAUCAUCUUGAUUUUGACCUUCUACACAGCCAUCUUGGUCCCUUACAAUGUCUCCUUUAAAACCAGGCAGAACAACGUGGCCUGGCUGGUUGUGGAUAGCAUUGUGGAUGUCAUUUUUCUGGUGGACAUUGUGCUGAAUUUUCAUACCACCUUUGUUGGACCAGCAGGGGAGGUGAUUUCCGACCCCAAACUCAUCCGCAUGAACUACUUGAAGACAUGGUUUGUGAUUGAUCUUCUGUCCUGUUUGCCAUAUGAUGUCAUCAACGCUUUUGAGAACGUGGAUGAGGUUAGUGCCUUUAUGGGUGAUCCAGGGAAGAUUGGUUUUGCUGAUCAGAUUCCACCACCACUGGAGGGGAGAGAGAGUCAGGGCAUCAGCAGUUUGUUCAGCUCUCUCAAGGUAGUCCGGCUGCUCCGUCUUGGGCGAGUGGCCCGUAAGCUGGACCACUACAUUGAAUAUGGAGCUGCUGUGCUGGUCUUGCUGGUGUGUGUGUUUGGUCUGGCUGCCCAUUGGAUGGCCUGCAUCUGGUACAGCAUUGGAGACUAUGAAAUCUUUGACGAGGACACCAAGACAAUCCGCAACAACAGCUGGCUCUACCAACUAGCCAUGGACAUUGGCACCCCCUACCAGUUUAAUGGAUCUGGCUCAGGGAAGUGGGAAGGUGGUCCCAGCAAGAAUUCCGUCUAUAUCUCCUCAUUGUAUUUCACCAUGACCAGCCUCACCAGCGUGGGCUUUGGGAACAUUGCCCCAUCCACAGACAUCGAGAAGAUCUUUGCAGUGGCCAUCAUGAUGAUUGGCUCACUUCUCUACGCCACCAUCUUUGGGAACGUGACAACCAUUUUUCAACAGAUGUACGCCAACACCAACAGGUACCAUGAGAUGCUCAACAGUGUCCGGGACUUCCUGAAGCUCUACCAGGUGCCAAAAGGGUUGAGUGAGCGAGUCAUGGAUUAUAUUGUGUCCACCUGGUCCAUGUCCAGAGGCAUCGACACCGAGAAGGUUCUGCAGAUCUGCCCCAAGGACAUGAGAGCUGACAUUUGUGUGCAUCUGAACCGCAAGGUGUUCAAGGAACACCCAGCCUUCCGGCUAGCCAGUGAUGGCUGCCUGCGGGCUCUGGCCAUGGAGUUCCAGACGGUACACUGUGCCCCAGGAGACCUCAUCUACCACGCAGGAGAGAGUGUUGACAGCCUCUGCUUUGUGGUUUCUGGCUCCCUGGAGGUGAUCCAGGAUGACGAAGUGGUGGCCAUUCUAGUGAAAGGAGACGUAUUUGGAGACGUAUUCUGGAAGGAGGCCACCCUUGCCCAGUCCUGUGCCAAUGUUAGGGCUUUGACCUACUGCGACUUGCAUGUGAUCAAACGGGAUGCCCUACAGAAAGUACUGGAAUUCUACACAGCUUUCUCCCACUCCUUCUCCAGAAACCUGAUCCUCACCUACAACUUGAGGAAGAGGAUUGUGUUCCGGAAGAUCAGUGAUGUGAAACGGGAAGAGGAAGAGCGUAUGAAGCGGAAGAACGAGGCGCCCCUGAUCUUGCCCCCAGAUCACCCGGUCCGGCGACUCUUCCAGAGGUUCCGACAGCAGAAAGAGGCCAGGCUGGCUGCAGAGCGAGGGGGCCGGGACCUGGAUGACCUGGAUGUAGAGAAGGGCAGUGUCCUCACAGAGCACGCCUCUGCCAACCACAGCCUGGUGAAGGCCAGUGUGGUCACUGUCCGCGAAAGCCCUGCCACGCCUGUGUCCCUCCAGACCACCCCUGCCUCUGGAGUGCCUGACCACGCCAAGCUGCAAGCACCAGGGUCCGAGUGCCUGGGCCCCAAGGGGGGUGAUUGCGCCAAGCGCAAAGGCUGGGCCCGCUUCAAAGAUGCUUGUGGAAAGAGCGAGGACUGGAACAAGGUGUCCAAGGCUGAGUCCAUGGAGACACUCCCCGAGCGGACAAAGGCAUCGGGCGAGGCCACACUAAAGAAGACGGACUCGUGUGACAGCGGCAUCACCAAGAGCGACUUGCGCCUGGACAACGUCGGCGAGGCCAGGAGCCCGCAGGACCGCAGCCCCAUCUUGGCGGAGGUCAAGCACUCGUUCUACCCCAUCCCUGAGCAGACGCUGCAGGCCACCGUCCUGGAGGUGAGGCUGGAGCUGAAGGAGGACAUCAAGGCCUUGAACGCCAAGAUGACCAACAUCGAGAAACAGCUCUCUGAGAUCCUCAGGAUAUUAACUUCCAGAAGGUCCUCUCAGUCUCCUCAGGAGCUGUUUGAAAUAUCCAGGCCCCAGUCCCCGGAAUCGGAGAGAGAGAUUUUUGGAGCAAGCUGAGAGGUUCUGUUAAAAAGAAAGUCAAAGACAAAAACUGUCAACCCCGCCCUCAACACCACCCCCACCACACACGCCCACAUGACCAACGAUUUGCAAAGUCAGCUUAUCCUGGCAGAAAACCACGUGGGGCCAGUGACUUAGGCAUACGCUCUUUCUGAAAAAGAUACGGGAAGGGUAGCAUGUCCCCACCCUGCAAGAUGGCAGCUGCAUUCAAACUGUCUCUGCACAAUUUUGGAAGAAGGGGCAUGCUGUCUAAAGGGUAUUUUCCUUCCUUUUAAAUUUUUUACUACCUUGAUAUUUGUAAAAGAUCAAAAUGACCAGAAAAGAGUAGCAGCCGUUUAGGGGUUGGUGGGAGAAUGCCAAGAGCCCCUCGUGUGUGUACAUGCUGGGUUCCUCUGCCGAGACCCCCCACAGACGGUGGUGGGCCCAGCACUCCCCUCCUUGUGCAGUCCACGUCUGACACCACCGCAGAUUGUUCUAUAGUCAUCAUUUGUAACAAGCUCGGGACAAGGGGAGCUUGAGGGACAGGGAGAGUGGAGCCUUUCGACUUCCUGUCCUUCAUGUUUAGGCCCCAAAGCAAUGCAGGUGCCAGGCGUGCCUCCCAUAGAUGCUUAGAAUCCUCAGGUCUCCUUUCUAAGAAGAAGUGGGCAAAGGUAGGAUCCGGGGAGCACCCUAGCUUCCCGGAUCUCCUGUGGUGUGGUCUGCAGCCUGCUUCCAUAGGGUCGUUGUAGACGGGGAGAGAUCCCAAGGCCCAGGGAACUCUCCUGGGAACCUCUGGCUCUGUUCCACGCCGCUGGCCUCCCCACACCGGCUCCUUUGCUUCUCCACCUCCUCAGUCUCUUCCCAAGUGUUCUCAUGGCAUGUCCUCAGGGUAUGGAGCAUCGGCAGGAAGGGUCUUGAGCCCAGAGUUGCUUUACUAACAAAGCAGACACACACUCACACACACAACCUCAGAAAAAUGAUUGUUGCAAGUGCUAUGUUUAUAUUUUGAUUCUCACCGGGAUUGCCCUUCAAAAGUUUGUCUAUGUCCACCGUACAAGGCCAGUAGAGGACACUGGGGAGCCAUGCUGGUCUUAUCUUACAGCCAACCUGUUUCCUACUAAAGUCAGGACUUCAAGAGAAACCAGGAAAAGACUGGCAAAGCAGAAGGAGAAAGGUGGCAUGGAGCAGCAGUCACUGCACAUGGGGACACACCUGGGAUCAGGUUAUGAAUGUGGAGUUAGCCCAAGUGUCAGGACCCUAAAUCCACCCUGAGAAUGUGGAUCUAGGAGAACAGGUGACAGUGUGGACUGCUCACGCAGGGCUCUGCCCUCUGCCUGUAUCACACCUUCCCCGGCCCUCUGCUGGGCAUUCUUUGCUGCCCAAAUUCUGAAGCCCAGCAUCAAUUCCCCUCAGUACUGAAGAUACUGAAUGUUUCUGAACUCCUGUCUGGGCCUGCCCGUCUCUCCUCUCCUAGAGCUAUUUAGUGGGCAUGACACAUUCCAGGACUCGGUCUCUCUUGGCUUGCAGGGCUGGCAUAGACAGCUCUGGGGAUCGGACCUGAGCGGCCAAGGGUAGAAUCCUGCCCCAGACUUGAGCACACAUGUAGCUCCCCAGAUUAGGCGUAGCCCCCAAUGGCACCAUACAAAGACGAGGUGUAAUUUCUCAAGGCCGAGUCAACGCUAAGACUCGGGGCAGAGACUGUAAAAUACCUGGAACACCAGCUCCCCCUAAACACUCUGGCUUGCUACUCUUUAAACGUGCUUGUUAACCUGCUUCUACCACUUAAGACCUAGUACUUGUAAGCAGAGCCCUAACAGCCAAUUUCAGAUGUAUCUGUCCCUGGAGCCUCAUCGCUGUCUCUGCCUGUCUGGGGACUUGAUGACUGACUCCUGCCCAUUACCCCACUGGCUAAUGUGGACAGACCCUGCCACGUCCUCCUGGCUCAACCUGAGUUAAGAAGUCACUGGAGCCGAAGAGCAAAGAGGCUGAAGCCUGUGUGGGCCAGACUUGUUCUGAUGGGAAAUAAAACUUCAGGAAAGCACUCCCGGACUGAUGCAAAUCAGGUGGAGUCUGACACUGCAGGGGGAACCUGCUCAUCUCAGGGUCCCAGGCCACAGCUGCUGAGGGUGACAGAGCACCAUGAGUGUGGCUGUAGAUGCUUUUAUUCUUCUCUAAGGAUGUGGAGGAAUUGUUUUGUUUUCUCUGAAAAACCAUUUUAAAACGAGCCAACCUUUUAUCCUUUCAGUGUCUGGACUUGCACUUGGCCAUAGGGCACUUUGUGCUACUGUUCACCUGGGCCAGAAUCGCUCUGGGCUCCUGCACAAGGGCCACAGGCAUCCGCUCUAUCAUAGUAAGUCGUUAUCUGGUGGCUGAAGGGAGAUGUGAGAAAAAGUUAGUAGGUAUUAGACUUUAGAAAAAUUAUGUCAGAGACAAAGAUUUGCAUUAAUGCAAUGCUACAUUACACUAAUAAUGCGACACCAUGGCCCGAAUAUUAUAAGCUGUGCCCGUUUCAGCAGCCUUUUGGAAAUACAUUUCUUGCUUUGAUUUCUUAUUAUACCUGCAACCUCCUAGAUCCCCUGUCCUGGAGUCAUCCACUUUCCAAAAGUGAGACUAGCAAGGCAAGGGAUAAAGAUGCCUUCCACCACCUCACCCCAGCCAGCCAGCUUCUACUCCCAGAGCCUCAGGUGGAAGGUGGACAUGUUAAGUCCACUGUCGAGCUUUUGUUCCAAGCCAGUGGAAUAACCGACAACCUCUUGGUGAAAGAAGAACAUCGCACCCCCUCAUCGCACUGCCCACCACAUCUCACAGGCGCUCUGGGAAAUUUAGACGCCCUGGUGGACAUACAAGUUGCUGAUGUGCAUUUUGAUUCAAAGAUUGUACUAUGUCUCGCAAUAAAGACAGCCUUAAGACCCUUGAAUGGAACUCCAACUAUGAGGGAGCUGCCAACGCCCCUUCCUCUCUCCUCACUGGGUGUUGCUUAAAGAGGAGGCCCAUUGAGGGCACACUUGAGCCCCUGGCCAGCUUCCCCUGCUGCCACUAAACCAUUGUUAAUGCUCCAUAUACUGCCUUUUCACUUGCUUCAAUAAAAAUUACCUUCACCAGCUCCUGUGGCCUCCACCUGGAGACUUCACUAACUGCGACCAUCAGAGAAAGUACCGUUUUCUCACCAAAGGCAUUCAUGUUGAGAAGUUUUAAUUUUCACCCCUCCCCCAAGGUUCAUUCAAAAGAAUCAAUGUGAAUUUACCUGCAGCUUAAAUUAGUUUAGAAAGAAACUUAUUCUCAUGCAAGCAUGUGAGACUUACUCUGGAACCUCUAGAACUGGACUUGAAAACCCUGCAAGGUGCUGGACCCCAGGGUGCCCUCCCCACCUGCCAUUAAACUUUUUCUUUGAGCCAUUGUCUCUUUAUCUGUGACAUCUGUGUCAUACAACAGAUCCCUUCCUUGUUCAGUGAGAUGUUCACAGAUCUCGGAUCAGGAUUUGGACUGCUUUUAUGUUAAGAAGGAGGCACUGCCCCACCUCCAUGAAUGUAUUCUCUUAUGAUUCGGAGGCUGCAUCUCUGCAUCAGUUGAAGGCUCUCCAUGCCUGACUUGCCUGAUACUGCAA